AUGAUGCGGUAUUCCGAGGAAGUGAAAAAGCUCGAGGACAUCUGCCUCGCUACCCUCCGUGUCGUGGCGAGUACCCCGACCGGCAGCCCAAGGCGCGAUGCGCGCGAUGCUUCAUCUUUCCGUUGCUUUCGUGACGCCUCCUCAGACACUGAAGUGUUGACAGACCACAUAGUCGACGCCCCGGAAGCAUCGGGUGUCGACAGGCCAGUAUCCAACUCGGGUAACGGCUGCGGUCCAUCGUACCCGUCAAUGUUCACCAACUCGAGCCAACCAGCUACCCCUUUUGUGCCCGGCGCCCUCCUCAAAGGCAUGCCCGGACGCGAGAUGUCGGCAGCAAAGACGGAUGGCGCAGCCUUCGGCCCCGACCAAUCCGCACCACCCAUCUUGAACUACCCGGAUGACCUCUCCAAGACCGAGUUUCACGAGCACCCGCUGGCCAAGGAGUGGGGCAUCAGUUCCGACCACAAAGCACGCCUAGGCCUCAUCCUGCCGAGGCAGAUUCCCAGUCGUGACUUUUGGUACAGCUUCGACAGCGACGAAGAUCUGGCCGAUGAAGAGCUGAGAGGCAAUCUCGCCACCAGGAGCCCCGGCAGGAAUCGCCGUUUCGUCUACGACCCGCCCCCGGUUCCCCCCCUCCCACUUAUCCCGGAAUCUCUAAGGUCUACUCUGACGCCAAAGGGGCUUGCCAAGCUCUUCGAGCGGAAGAAGCAGCUCCGUACGGAAAUGGAAGUCACAGAGGAACCUGCGUCACCGACGCUCGCGCUGGCAACGACGGGUACCAUGUUUCCGGCGUCAAGCGUUGAUCGGCAAAAAGGCAGGUCGGCCGCCUUGAACACCAGGACGUGCAACUCCGACACGAGACUUUCAGGGAGCUCCGAACCGUCGAAUCAAACACCCUUUUUGGACAACUCUGAACAUGACAUCCGACCAGCACCAAGCAACUUCACCUCCCACCAAGUCGAAGAUGGUAACCAAUAUACCCCAUGUGAAGCAGACUUUCGACUCGCCCAACCGAGGUUGUCUCCCAUGGAAUACAGCCGUUUGUAUUUUGUCGAAAAGUCUCGCUCACGACGAGAAGGAAGAGAGUGUGUGCUUCCUGCUCCUGAGAAGCUUUGGUUCUGGACGCCCAAAUGGGAAAGGUUUCUCAUCAUUCCGUCCGUUCCAGCCGCCAUCAAUCGCAACAUCCAACCCGACUCUGGCGAAGCUUACCGCGAGGAAGACAUGUCCGACAAUGAGUCGACGGAAACUUUAAAGGUCCAGGGUCCCUCCAUUCCAUGUCCUCGGCUGUCUUUGAACCUUGACGCCAUGACCGCCCUCUUUCCCUCCGUGAUGAAUCUCGCGCGACUAGGUAUGAGAGCCAACGUACGCUCGUCCAGGUCGGCCUAUGAAUCAAAAGUCACUCAGUUGAUGCGUCUGAAUGGUAGCUUCUCGGCCAGUCACAGAACUUCACUAACCAAGAAUAUAGAAGAGAUCGAGGGAGAGAAUGAUGGCAAUGUGCCGAUGGAUCCAGGAGGCCAAGGUCAGUUGAGUCUCCCUUGGCAGUCUGCAGAUUCCAUGACCGAACCGGGACGCGAGCUAGCUGUGCCCACAGUGGCAGAGAGGGUGAAUUCAGAUUCAAUGGGAAAAUCCGAAAGCAAGGUAGUCAAGUCGGGUCUGAGUGCUAACGCCGACCAUCAUUCUGUACCUCAUGAUCAUGCAGGGAUGCCCAUGUCGCUUAACCAAGCAGAUGCUUGGCCACUGUCCGCUGCACCCAGCGUCAAGACAGCGGUCCAAGCUGGUGUUCUGAACCAAGCACGGGCAGCGGUCAAGAGGGUCAAGAGUUUCACUCCCACUUCGUCACCGAAAUUUCCACGAGCAACUGUUGAUCGCGAAAGUCUCUCGCCUCCUCCGUCUCCCAGGAUACUCUUCCCUGCGCUGGAACGGCCUGUGGUCGAGUACAACCCAACGUUCUUGACUCCUCCUUGCGCGGCCUCGUCUCCGCUGGCAAAUUUUGACCUCACUCCGACUCGGGGCGUCGUCCGCACAAGUCCUGCUUCAGUCACACGUCGCGUCGUCGCCCAAGGCGGCGGACGACUUGGAGGUGAGGGGGCUCACCGGGCUCACUUGGUGCCAAACCAAGGAUUUGGUCGAGUCAAGUCAUCGACCGUAAGCAUGUGCAACAUCGACCCUGCAGGUGCCGUCGACUUUCUCCAGCUGCAGCCCACACCUUUUGAGGUCGGAAACCACGGUUCGGCGUCUAGGUACUCGAAGCGGGUGAGUGGUUGCUCCUGGCUGGCACGGCGCCUGUCUGACCAAGUUAUCACGCAGGUUUCCGAGUUUGCGACGACAGCAGAGGACAGACAAAGGAAAAAUGAGGAACUUCUGGGGAGGAGGGAAGAAUUUGGCCCAGUGACUCCAUUGCGGACCAAAAAGGCACAGCACAUCAGUUUGGAACGGCGCGAGCUGGACGAAGAUGGGCUUGAUAGCACGGAUGCUGACUCCAAGGAGUCGACGCCGCCGCGCGCCGCUUCGGCGCUCAUCACACCAACUCGGCCUGGCUUUGGCUUCAAGGAAACUCGGUGUCCGUCGUCCGAUGGCCCGCCCUUCCAGACGGCCGACGGCUGGGGGUCGUCUGGGUUCACCCCUCGUCCGCAGACGCCGCGCUCGGGGAUGCCAGACUCACCAACUUUGCCGAGUGUGGCCAGUUAUACCGCCGAAGAGGAUGAAAUGGAGGCCGGUAGAGGCCAGCGACGCAAGGGACACGGUACAACGACAGGGGGCAGAAGGCCGAGCACACCCUCGGCGGUUCCGGAGCACGUUUUAGACUCGCCGUUGGCCGCAGCGUUGAUGGAACCUACUGGCCAGUCAUCGAGAGUUUUUUCUAGCGACAGCAGCUUCUCUCUCGACAGAUGCAAAGGCGAGAACUCGAUUACAAUUCUCCCCAGCCUUGGAAAAGCAAGCGGCGGUGAAAAAGAUGGGCGCGGACGGACGGCCUCACCAGCUCCGUGUCGCAGCUAUUUCGAUCAUUCGCCCGAGCGUCAGGUCAAGCACAAGGCGAGCACCCUCCAUGCCAUGACGCCUCUUUCGUUUCAGCGAUUCGACACCGCCACCCGUCUCGCCUCUGUGAUGAGCUGGCGGGAUCAUGCACAGGGGGCGAGCAAGAAGCCGUCACCGCCGCGGCCCGACAAAGAAAGCAAGACGAGGACGGCAUCGUCGACGAUUGGGAGCCUAUUUCGCAAGUACAGCCGCUCCAAGGUGGAAGCGGUCGAUGCGGACACGGGUGCGAGUACGGAUACUGUUCUAAGAGACUCAUGA